AUGAAUGGCCCAGGAGAACCCUCAAGCCUCCUCUUCAAUUGCUCAAAUCAAUCAAAUUUCUCUUUGGAAACGUCAGAGCAAUGCGGCAAAGAGACACACCUUGAGAACAUCCUUUUUGCCACUUUCUACUUCCUGGACUUCAUCCUGGCCUUUGUUGGCAAUGCUCUGGCUCUUUGGCUCUUCCUUCGGGACCAAAAGUCAGGCACACCUGCCAACAUUUUCUUGAUGCAUCUUGCUGUGGCUGACCUGUCCUUUGUGCUAGUACUUCCCACCCGGCUGGUGUACCAUUUCUCUGGUAAUCACUGGCCAUUUGGUGAGAUCCCAUGCAGACUCACUGGCUUCCUUUUUUACCUCAACAUGUAUGCCAGCAUCUACUUCCUCAUGUGUAUCAGCAUUGACCGUUUCCUGGCCAUUGUGCACCCAGUGAAGUCCAUCAAGCUCCGGAGGUCCCUUUAUGCCCAUUUGGCAUGUGCCUUUCUAUGGGUUAUAGUUGGGGUUGCAAUGGCACCUCUGCUGCUCAGCGUGCAGACAGUCAAAAUGAAAAACACAACUGUCUGCCUGCAGCUCUACCGAGAAAAAGCAUCACGUCAUGCCCUUGUGUCCCUAGCAGUGGCAUUCACCUUCCCAUUUGUGACUACGGUGACUUGCUACUUAUUAAUCAUCCAAAGCCUGAAGAGUGGGAACAGAAUUGAGAAACACCUGAAGGAAAAAGCUAUCAAAAUGAUCAUUAUGGUCCUGAUGAUCUUUCUGAUUUGCUUUGUACCUUAUCAUGUCAACCGCUACAUUUAUAUUCUCCAUUACAAUGGGAUCAAAACUUCCUGCGAAACACAGCGUAUUCUAGCCCUCAGCAAUCGCAUCGCUUCCUGCCUCACCAGUCUAAAUGGUGCCUUUGACCCAGUCAUGUAUUUUUUUGUAGCUGAGAAAUUCCGUGAGGCUUUGUGCAAUCUGUUUUGUGUUAAAAAGACUGUAACGUUGCCUCAAACAUACGAGGGUAAGACAAAUGAAAGCUCACUAAGUGCUAAAUCUGAACUGUGA